UAGUAGGAGAGGAGAACAGUGAACCGCGCGGGUACCUGCUUAGACCGAUCCAGAAGCGAAAUUGUGGUCGCGCCGCGCGCUAUGCGCCUCUUCGAGCCAACCGGAAACUCGCCUGAUCGCUGCGCGCACGAACCGACCGUGUCGGGAUUUACGAAUCUCGGAUUUUCGCGCGCUUCGGGAACAGUGGUUUCGCACGCAGUGUUGUAGCUGUCCGACGAGAAAUGUCGUGGAAUGUUGCUAGACACUGAUCGCAGGGGAGCUUCCUGGGCCAUUAAAGAGGCGGAUCGACGAUCGGGGAACAAUCGCGAUCGCUGUCGACGGUUCUGAUAAGCUCGAUCGAACCGAUUCGUACAGUCGAACAAAAGGGUGAAACCGGAAGGCGGCUGGUCCCGUCCCGCCAUGAGAAUGCCGGCAGAGUCCUCGAUAUAUUGGGACUCGGUGGGUUCCCAGCGGUCGACAUCCGGCGGCAGCUCCGGGGACGCUUGCAGCUCCGGAAGCGCGAGCAGGCACUACGUGGACCCGUGGGACCUGGAGAACUAUGCGUACCUGCGCCGGCACAGCGUGGCCGGCCCAACGCAACAGGCGCCGCCGCCGCCGCGACGCCACCGACGGCCCGCCUAUCAUCUUUCGCACGAGGCUCGUGCUCAGUCUGAAUAUUGGUAUUCAUCCUCGGUGAGAGAACCGGGCUACGACGCACCAGCUUUCGUGGAAGAAUUGUAUUGUGGACCACCUAGGCCAGCGAACAAUAGUUGCUACUAUCAGCAGCCGAUCUACGAGGACGAGGUGCCGGAUUACGUCGCACCGUUUCCGGUCUACGCGCCUCUCUCUGAGAUAAGGCAUGGUGGCGAGUUUAUGGAGGACCACAGACGCUUCAGGCACAGGUGUAAAUCCACGUCGAUGAGGGACCUCCACAGAUCCGAUCUCGUCGAUCUCCAGGUACCCCCUGCAACCCCCAUACAAACAGACGCCGCGCGUCGUUCGGAAGCAGAUUACCAUUCGAUGGUGCAAAUAGUACCACCCCCGCACCUCGACUUGAACACGUACGGACACCUGAAGAUAGAUUACACGAACAGUUGGAACUCGCUGAAUCGCAAGAUCAGUAAAUGAUUCCGUGACUGUUCCGCGGAGAAAAUGCUCGAUUACCCAAUGUAACAUACUCUACUUAAGAAAGUCGAAAUCGAACCAAAAAAUGUUGCUAGUUUCAUCGAGGUAUGAACAAGAGUGAAUUACUUAUAUUUGUACAAAACUGAAUUACUUAUUAAUUAUACAUUUUAUAUGGACCAAACA